UGUGUGUGUGUGUGUGUGUGUGGACGCCAUGGACGGCGCGGGCCGCUGCCCGGGGCUCCGCAGGAAGCGGCGGUCCCGGUCGCAGCGGGACCGGCAGCGGCGAUCCCGGGGCGGGCCGGCCAAGGGGGCCGCGGGGGCCCUCCUCACCCCCGUCUCCUCCUCCUCCUCCUCUUCCUCCUCCUCCUCCUCCUCCUCCCCGUGCUCCUCUCCCUCGUCGUCGUCGUCGUCCCCGUCCCCGGAGCGGGCGGACAAUGGGCAGGCCCCGGGCCGCCCCCGGCCCCGACCCCCUCGCAGGAAGCGGCGGGACUCCACCUCGCCCGAAGAGGACAUCAUUGACGGCUUCGCCAUGGCCGCAUUCGUCACUCUGGAAGCCCUGGAGAGGGACUCGUCGCUAAAGUCUCCUCGGGAGCCGGGGGAGAAGCCCCAGAAUCCCCUGGCCAAGAAGAAGCGGGAGGCCCAGGCCCUCGGCGUCAGCAUCGGCAUCGGGCCGGCCUAUCACCCGGGGAAGACCCUGCAGUCCCUGCGGCCCCGCGGCUCGGACCGGGAGAACAGCCGUGGCCUCUGCCGGCGGCCUGGGAAGAGGAGAAGGAGGAGGCCCCCGAGGGGGCUGAGACAGGCCUUGGCUGGACAUAAUCAGAUACACUGGCUUUUUGCAUUGGCUGGUGGAUUUUGGCCCAACAUCCUUAGACACGCAGGCUCCCUUUGGCCGGUGGACUUGGCCAGAUAUCCUCACAUGCACAAGGUACCCGGACGCCCAUCGGCCAUUGGACUUGGCUGGAUAUUCCCCAGAUACACAGGCUCCCAUCGGCCGUUGGACUUGGCUGGAACACUUCAGGUAGUCUGGCUCCCUUGGGCUGUUGGACUUGGCCAGAUAUCCUCAGCCUGCUUGGACAUGUGCGGCGCAGUUGGAGGUCGUCGGGGGUGGAGCCGGGGGGAGAGCUUGGAUAGAUGGACAGAUGGGUGGACAGUUGAGAGCAGCAGAGAGCCGGGAGGAGGAGUGGGAGUUUUCAGGAUCUGGAGCAUCAGAGAACCAGGGAGCCGGAGGAGGAAGAGGAGGAGAGGGAGGCGGGCAGCGGCUGCACAGACAGGCACCCUCCGGCUCCCCCGCUGCCCGGCUCUCCCCGCCCACCUGCCUGUCCGUCCAUCCGUCCGGACCUGGCGGGGGAUGAUGAUCAAGUCCAGUUGGUUCUAUGUCAGGUUCAGGUCGGCGGGGAAGGUCCAGCCGGGCAUGGUGUCCGGCCGCGGCCGGGGUGACAGCGACAGCGGUGGAGCCAGCGGGGACUCCAGAGGCUUCAGUCCCAGCAGCAGCUCCCGCGAAGGACUCGGCGGUGAUGACGACGACGAUGACAGCCCGGCACCUUCCAGCCUGGGGACUGGCUACUUUUGCGACAGCGACAGCGACCAGGAGGAGAAGGCAUCGGAUGCUGGCUCCGAGAGGCUGUUCAGCACCGCCAUAAGCAAAGAUCGAGAGCCUGGCCCCGGCCCGCCCUCCGGCAAUGAGCGCCUGGACGUCAGGGGGGCGGGAGUCCCGAAGGUGUCGGGCCUAGCCAGGAGCCAGGAAAAAAGUCAGGACCAGGAGCUGAUCUUGGAGCCCGCUGCCCCCCGAGACCCCCGCCCCCCCGCCGCACCUCCCCCGCUGCCCCAGCCCCCGCCCGAGACCCCUGCCCCCAGCCCCGUUCCGGUACCGCUGCGCCUAGAGGCCCCUCCAGCAGUGCCCCAGAGCCCCCUCCUGGAACCGCAGCCCCCGAGGCCCCAGCCUCAGCCUCCCCUCAUCCAGGCAGGCCCCCCGAGCCUGCCCCCGGCCCCCCCACCGCCCCCAGCCCCCCAAGCCCUCCCCCAGCCACUGACGGCCUACAACAGCAGCAGCCUCAGCAGCUUAAGCAGCAGCAGCAGCCGGAGCAGAAACAGCCCCCCGGCCAAGGCCCAGCCGCCGCCACACCUCGCUCACCACGCGCCCGCCUCCCCCUUCCCCCUCGCCCUGCACAGCCUGGCCCCCGCCCUCCAGCCUCCCACCCACCACCCCACCAUGUUUGCCCCGUCCACCGCCCUGCCCCCGCCGCCCCCGCUCACCUCCGGGCCCCUGCAGGUCGCCGGGCACCCUGCGGGAGCCUCCUAUUCAGAGCAAGACCUCUUGCGCCAGGAGCUGAACACUCGCUUCCUGGCAUCCCAGAGCACGGACCGCGGGGCCUCCCUGGGGCCCCCGCCCUACCUGCGGACGGAGUUCCACCAGCACCAGCACCAGCACCAGCACCAGCACACCCACCAGCACCAGCACCAGCACACCCACCAGCACACCUUCACCCCCUUCCCCCACGCCAUCCCGCCCUCCGCCCUCCUGCCCGCGCCGGCACCGCCCACGUUUGAUAAAUACCCAACGAAAGUCGAUCCCUUCUAUCGGCACAGCCACAGCCUGUUCCACUGCUACCCUCCAGCUGUGUCGGGGAUGGGCCCAAUGGUUCCACCCACCGGACCCUUCGGCUCGCUGCAAGGAGCUUUUCAACCCAAGACGUCCAGCCCCAUUGACGUGGCUGCCCGGCCUGGCACUGUCCCACACACCCUCCUGCAGAAGGACCCAAGGCUGACAGACCCGUUCCGGCCACUCCUGAGGAAACCAGGCAAGUGGUGCGCAAUGCACGUCCACAUCGCCUGGCAGAUCUACCACCACCAACAAAAGGUCAAGAAGCAGCUGCAGUCGGAUCCGCACAAGCUGGACUUUGGUCUGAAGCCAGAGUUCCUGAGCCGUCCACCAGGACCCAGUCUCUUUGGCGCUAUCCAUCACCCCCACGACCUCGCUCGACCCUCCACCCUCUUUUCUGCCGCUGAUGUGGCCACGUUAGCCGCUGGGCCAGGAAGAGCCCUGAGUGACGUCACGCAGACACGCUCCCUGGCUUUGGAGGGCCUGAGGAAAGGCAAUACGAACUGGGAGGUUGUCCUUCCCAGCAGUGGUGCCGCCCACCCAGCUGGGACCCCAUUCGGACCCCCGCCGCAUCACAGCAACUUCCUCAACCCUGCAGCCCACCUGGAGCCCUUCAGCAGGCCAACAACGUUCUCCGGUCUUGCGGCCGUCGGCGGCAAUGCCUUCGGGGGACUCGGCAACCCGACAGUCACACCCAGCCCCGCCACGUUCGGGCCCAAGGACGGCCCCGGCCCCGGCCCCGGCUCCGGCCCCGGAGGCCCCGGUGGCCCUGGCCUCGGCCCCGGCUCCGGCCCCGCCGCGCUCCUCAGCUUUAGCCGCUCUCCCGAGCCCUGCAGCCGCCUGCACCGCACGCCUCCGUCGUUCCCGACCCCGCCCCCGUGGCCCGCCGGGGCCGCCCUCGGCAGAGAUAGAGAUGUAGAUAAGCAAGACUCCUCCACCUCCACCUCCACUUCCACCUCCACCUCCUCCUCCUCCUCUUCCUCCCUUAGUAAAGGGGACAAAGAAAGGGAGGGGCUGGAGAAGCGCCACCCUGGCCACAAGUCGCCGGUACCCGCACCCACCCUGGGCGCCGCCCUGGGUCCUGGCCGCGGCUCGGCCGAUCCGCUGAGAAGCCAUCUGGGUGCCGAACUGCGCGAGAAGGACCGAGCGCGGGAGCCGCCGGAGCCCCGUAAAGACGCAGGCGACCCCAAGGGGAAGGAGGCCGAGGGGUCCGACGAGGCCAAGCAGGCGGUGCGGAUCCCAUCGCCCUACGGCCGGCCCGAGUGCAAGGGAGAGCUGGGCCCCGAACACCCCAAGAAAGGCCCCGAGAUCCGGGUCAAGGAGGAGCGCAAGGAGGAGAACGAAGGUCCGGGUGAGCCCGGUGGCCCGGCCCAACGGACGGCCGAAGCCCCGCCGCCACCACCACCCUUGUCUGCGGCGGGCGUAGCCUCGGGCCCCCUGGGGGCCAUGCCCCUGGCCAUGGGCGUGGCGGGCCUCCACGCGGUGGGUGGCCUUGGUGGGCUGGACCGGACGCGCAUGGUCCCCCCUUUUGUGGGGAUCAGCCCCAUCCCGGGGGCCGAGCGGUUCCCUUACCCACCCCUCUCCUGGGACCCUGUCCGCGAUCCAUUCCGGGAGCUGGACGCGCACCGCCGGGCCGAACCCCUGGGUCGGGCCGACCCCCUGGGCCUGGAUUUCCUGCAGCGGCUGGCGGCGCCGCGGCUCUACGAGGCCGAGCGCUCGUUCCGCGACCGCGAGCCACACGACUACAGCCACCACGUCCCCCUGCCACAUCCACAUCCGCCACCGCACCACCCGCCGCUGCCCGGGGACCCCCGGCGGGACCCAGAGCGUGCCGGGCCGGGCUCCCUAGACGAGCGGGAGCGGCUGCUGCGUGAGGACUUGGAGCACGGGGGGCGUCUGCACAUCCUGCACCACGCGGCCACCGCUGCCCUGGACGGGCACCUGGCCCACCCAGGACUCCUGGCACCGGGACUGGCCGGCCUGCACUACCCCCGGGUCAGCCCCACGGCCGCGCACGCCAACAGCCUCCUCCACAAGGCGCCCCCGUCCACGGCUCUCAGUGCACCCCCGCCUCUCGUCCCUGCCCUGGGGGCACGUGCCCUCUCCCCACGCAGGACUACGCCCCUGGCCACAGACGUGCGCGAGCGGCCGCCCUCUCACGCUCUCAAGGACAUUGAAGCUCGGUGAGGGGCGGGGGGCCCGGCCCCCGGCAGGCCUCGGUCUCUGGGCAGUUGGGGGUGGGGGUCGACCGGACCCGCCCCGGCCCCCGUGUAAAAAUGUACAGCCCGCGAGGGCCGUGACUUCCAAGCGUUUUGUACGUCCCAGUUCUUGGCCGGGCCCCGCAGUCCAGCGACCAAUGCCUCGAGCCGGCCCGGGAGGGGGCAGCCAGCGGGCGAGCUGCCGGGGGCCGUGUACAUAGCUGUGUAUAAAGGUUUGCUCCCUGGGUUAACGGUUCAAAUAUGCAAAAAGGGCAACAUGAAAGCUUUACUUUGUACAACUGUAAAUAAGGGAAAUGACAUUACAGACUACAUACAGUGCUACUUCUCCAACAGCGACCGAGCUCUGCAUCCCCCUCCCACUCCGGGAACCCCGCGUCCCCACCCAGUGGCGGGCAGCUAGCCCCCUUCAACUAUGCAAUGAAUGCCGGGCCUUACGCCGAAGCCUGGAUCAAAGGAGCCUUUUCCAACCCAUUUCCAAACCCGGAAGAUCACGUUUUCCCUGAGCCGGUUCCGUCGCCCGCCCUUGCGCCACGCGACACCUUUUUCCUUGCUUAGUUUGGAGCCGUCGCCUCUCCCGGGCCACGGACGGGCAUCGCGGCGCGCAGGACCGGUCGAGCCCCCGGGGGCUCAUCGGCCUUUUCCCUGGUGGCCUCUCAGUACUCUAGAGGUAACCCAGCCAAUCAACGCCGCUCCGUAGCGGUCAUCCAGCCACUCAGCAACACGCCCUAGCGGUUUCCCCCCAAAAUCAAUCAGCGCCACCACCUAGCAGGCUCCGCAAAUCAGUCAGCACCACCCGCUAGUGGUCUUCCAGUUCGGGGGUUGGGCGGAAUGGGCACGCGAUGCCCUCCAGGGAUGCCUGGUAUCGCCUGGGCGACUCGGUCGGCACCGGUCUCCCGGCUGACCUGAGCCACCGUGAAAGGUUGUGCCCCUCAAAAUGCAGCCCCCCCAACCAAAAAAAAAAAUAGUUACGUUAAAGUUUGCAUCGGUCUCUUGUCUCUUCACCCCUGUGUUUUACAGCCCCGAAUCUUCUCGUCCGCGUACCUGGAGAGACUAUGACUUUACUAGCCGAGAAAUCACCCUCUCGCGCCUCCUGGACUGGAAGUGUACGUUCGAAAUAAAUUAGUUCCAUUGUUCUUCUGAGUGUAUUGAAGUGCUAUCUGAAGUGGUUAACCUGUUUUUGAAAAAAAAAGUCCAAUCCCCAAGCCGUCGUUUCUAAUGAGCAGAGAGAUCUAUUUUAGUAGUAAACUGAAGGUUUAGUUGUGAGCUUCAGACUUUGUGAACUCCAGGUGUUGUGCAGUGAUUUUUUUUAAGACUAAGAAAAGGAAAUUAUCCGGAGAAGACGUUCACAGGAGCGUAGUGGUAGCUGUCAGUAUUGUAAAGAGGCUGUUCUACAUCCCCCUUCCAUCCUCCCCCUUUUUGCUGUUCGUCAUGUAUGUAAUAAAGUCCUUUCUAGGCCCUCUGUAAAAAGAAAAGUGAAAUGACUGAACCUUCAGCAUGCGCCCCAGCGAAGACUUGUGUAAUGUACAUUGUGCCAUGUUAUUAAAAAAUGUGAACUCCA